UCACAAUUCACAAAGCUCGCUCAACAAAGGCUGCCGUCGUAUUUUGAUUUCGGUUCACUUCUUUUAUUUGCGUAUCAAAAUGAACUCCGCGCUUAAUCCAGAUGCACCUGAGUUUUAUCCACACCUGGCGGCAGUCACACAGAAAAAGCUGAGUAAUCAAGAUGAACUGGCCAGCAAUAAUCUAGAAAUACAGUUGGAACUGCCUUUUGACCACAUUAAUGCUGAGGAAGGAUAUAGAAGUGUUAACAAGACAAUAAAGUCGUCAAAUCAACUGCCGAUGAGCUCUUCGUAUGAUUUAUUUAAAACAUAUCCAGAAUUUAAUGAAAUUUCAAAUCAGAUCAGCCAAAAUGUUGCUCAACAGUCAAACGAACUGAUUGGCACUGAACAACCGGCCGUGAAGCUGAAGUGUGAGGAUUUCACAAGCAACAUAGAGAAACUUGCUGAUGUAAACGACAGCUUAUUGGACAGGAUUAAUAUUAGCAUUGAUACAGUGAGCGGUGAGAACUUACCCAGUGAGGCAUUCGCGAGCGGUCUCAAUGAUAAUCCUUCUCAUAACUCAUCGCCUUGGAAUAAGCCUGUCAUUUCUGAAAAGAAGAUGGGAUCAACUAUAUUCAUCGGAGCUAAAAACAUUCCGCGUCCACAGCUUACUUUCAAGGAUACAAUUGAUAAUUCUGAGAAUUUGUGGGUGCCCAAAAUUUCAGACAAACCAAACAACAUCAAGCCUUUGGCUUUAAACAUUUUGUAUACCGAGAAGGGCGAAGCUGUUGGAUAUGAGCAUCCAUACCAAAUGGAGUUGGACAUGUAUAACCCUCCGUCGCAGUUCAUCGAUCCCGAUCCGGAGCCUCCCAUGUUUCCACCCCCUCUGGAGGAAACGAAAUUCACUUACAUAGAUAUAGAAUCGAAGCUAGACGAGUUGGUUGAACACCUUAUGGCCGUCGAACAAAUUGCUGUAGAUGUAGAACAUCAUUCCUAUAGGACCUAUCAGGGCAUAACGUGCCUCAUUCAAAUAUCAACUGAUGAAGGAGGAGACUUUAUCAUUGACGCUCUCGCUGUAAGGGAACACAUACAUAAACUGAAUGUCGUCUUCACUGACCCCAAGAAACUAAAGGUGUUCCACGGUGCCGAUAGCGAUGUUCUUUGGCUUCAACGUGAUUUCGGCGUGUAUUUGGUGGGUCUUUUCGACACAUACCACGCAGCCAAGUCACUAGGUCUGCCCGCGCUUUCGCUCAAAUUUCUUUUGAUGAAGUAUUGCGGCGUUGACACCGAUAAAACGUAUCGUCUGGCGGACUGGCGCAUUCGUCCGCUUCCGGACGUGUUGAUCAAGUACGCUCGCAUGGAUACGCACUAUCUUUUGUACGUUUGGCGCGUUAUGAAGAAUCAAAUAAUCGAGAAGAAUGCUGGACAAACGAAUAUGCUACUGUCGGUCUUCGAGGACAGCCGUCAGACUUGCGCCUCUACAUACAAUAAAGAGGUGAUUCACGACGAGAGCCACAUACCAUUAUACAUACGUUCGAAGAAGAAUUUCGAUAAUCAGCAAAUGGCGGCUCUUAAGAUGCUCUACAAAUGGAGAGACUCGCAGGCGCGGCAACUGGACGAAAGCACCACGUACCUUCUGCCGAACCACAUGCUGCUGUCGCUCUCCGAGAAUCUGCCGCGCGAGCUACAAGGCGUCAACGCUUGCUGCGAUCCGAUGCCGCCAUUCGUCAAACAGAAUGUGAUAACCAUCCAUCGUAUGAUCUUAUCGUGUCGCGAAUUGCCGAAGGACGCUCAGAUAUUCCACAUACCGUCCGGCAUAAGGAACAUGAUGAACGCCGGGAUAGAGCAAAUACAUUAUGAAAUGCACGACCUCGAUCACGAAGCGGAAUAUCGCGAGGAACAGAAGUCGAAUGUCGAACAAGUUAAUUACUGUCUAACCGUCACCACCAAAAUUACUUCGAAGUUUAAUCCCGAAGUCGAGGCCUUUAUACCGGCAUCAAUGAUGUUUCCAGAAGGGACCAUUGUAUCCGCAUUGAAUGCUGACGCCGAAAUGUUCGUUCCGCCGUAUUCUAGAUACGUGAACUACAGGACUCUUGCUCAGGAGGAAAUAGCCAAAGAUAUCAAAGAAAUGGAAGCCAAAGUGGCGGCCAUCAGUCAGGGAAACGAGCUGAUCGAGGAGGAGGUUCUGCAGAAGCUGCAAAAGGCGCAGUCGCACAUCGAGCACGAUAAGACGAGUGUCGCUCCUCAAGCCGCCGCCGCUAAUGACACCGAGCCCGAUACGAAAACGGCCCAACGGAAACGAAAAAUCGUCACCGAAAACGCAGAGGAACAAAAUGUAGGGCGGGCCCACAAAAACGAACAUGUUCCGAAAAAAAUAGAUGUCGCGAAAAAGGAGGUCACCGCCGGUUACCAAUACCAGAACGCGACCUACGACAAGUUCUACAACGUAACCAACAAUACUAAGCAGAUAAAGGGCAAAAAGUCGAAGAAACAAAACGUGAACGAUUAAUCGCUAAGUGCAACGUAUUAAAAAUCCAUUUAUGGUGA